CCACCGACGUCGACAUGCAUUGGGAUCGCCAGUCCCGCUUCUCGUCGCUGUUCUCCUCGUCGGCGACGAACAACGACCGCUCGCGCAGGUCGAGCUCUAUCUUCACUCGCGCGUCCUCGCCGUCGUCAUCGCACUCCGACCUUGCAGCCACUCAUCAUCCGAACCGAGUUCAGCGCCAGGAUUCUGCCGACACGAGCUGGGAAGAACGGAUGGAGGAGGCAGCCAGAAGGAAGCCGAUUGUGCUCGGCGUCUGCGCGAUGGACGUCAAGGCGCGAUCGAAGGCCAUGACUGAAAUCCUCACCCGGCUCGUGCAACGAUCCCGCGGAGCGAUCGAGGUCAAGGUGUUUGGCGACAAGGUCAUUUUGGACGAAGACGUCGACAAUUGGCCGCGCUGUGACGUCCUCAUUUCCUUCUUCUCUACCGACUUUCCCCUGGAUAAGGCCAUCUCCUAUGUCAAGUUGCGGAGUCCCGUCUGCAUCAACGACCUACCCCAGCAGGCCCUACUAUGGGAUCGCCGCCUCGUCGGAGCGAUGCUCGAUCACCUCAAAGUGCCCACCCCGAAGCGCCUUGAGGUAUCGAGGGAUGGAGGUCCGAAGGUCGAUAGCGAGCUCCGAGACCUCAUGAAGCAGCGCGUCGGCGUCGUCCUGGGCGGCUUGCAGAUCACCCCGGACGUCACCCUCCGCGAAGACGGAGACGCCAUCAUCAUCGACGGCAAAGUCCUGGAGAAGCCAUUCGUUGAGAAGCCGGUUAGCGGAGAGGACCACAAUGUCUACAUAUACUUCAGGGGAGGAGGAGGGAGGAGGUUGUUCCGCAAGGUCGGUAACAAGUCCAGUGAGAUGGACCCUACCCUCAACAGUCCGAGGACGGACGGGUCGUACAUUUAUGAGCAGUUCAUCGAUGUCGACAAUUCCGAAGACAUUAAGAUAUACACGGUGGGGCGCGAUUAUACCCAUGCUGAGACGCGCAAGUCACCAGUGGUGGAUGGUGUCGUACGAAGGAACGUAGAAGGGAAAGAAAUUCGCUUCAUCACACAUCUGACUCCGGAAGAGAAGCUAUGGGCCGCGAAGAUAUGCGAGGGCUUUGGUCAGCGCGUCUGCGGGUUUGACCUGCUACGCUGCGACAACGGUCAGAAGAGCAUGGUUAUCGACGUCAAUGGUUGGAGUUUUGUCAAGGGCAAUCCUACCUACUACGACAAGGCUGCGGAAUUUCUGACAGAGAUCUGUCUACGCUCUACCUCGGAACCCGGUCGACCAUUGCCUGCUGCUGAGGUUGCUCCGCAGGAGCAGCCAACGUGGCUCCUCAAGGCGAACGUUACGGUCUUCCGUCAUGCCGAUCGCACGCCGAAGCAGAAACUCAAGUUCAACUUCCCCAUCAACGAACCGUGGACGCAGCCUUUCGUCACUCUGCUCAAUGGCGAGAAGGAGGAAAUCAUUUUGCGCGAGAAGGAUCAGCUACGCAGCAUCGCAAAGGCCGUAGACGAGGCGAAGCGACUUGGAGCCAGCGGCGACGAUCUCGCAAAGCUAACACAGCUCAACAACGCUCUGUUCAGCAAGAUCGACCUUCCCGGCACCAAGGCGCAGCUGAAACCCAACUACUCGAAGGGCCAGACCCCUCGCACACUCACCAAACUCACGCUUGUCUUCAAAUGGGGUGGCGAGUUCACGCACUCCGCCCGGUACCAAUCGCGCGAUCUGGGGGAGAAUAUGAAGAAAGACAUCUCGAUCAUGAACAAGGAAGUUCUACAGAACGUCAAGAUCUACACUUCCUCCGAGCGGCGCGUUAUUGCCUCCGCCGAGAUAUUUGCGGCGGCGCUGCUGGACAAUCAGAGUCACUAUGACGUGUCGUCGUCGACGUCGAGCACGCACUCGGCGCGCUCGUCGACGGAUGGGAGCGCGAAUGGUAGCGCACACGUUAGCAAGAGCAUGUCUUCGUCGAUUGUGCAGCAUCCGCAGGAGCCUGUCACACUGUUCAUCCGAAAAGACUUGCUUGACGACUCGAACGCGGCCAAGGACCUCAUGGACGAUGUGAAGAAGCGGCUCAAGAUAUUGCUGCGUCCGGGCGAGCCCGAGAAGCGGCCAGAGCUGACGUGGCCCAAGAGUAUGAAGAAGGAACCGGUCGAAGUAGUAAAGGAAGUCAUCGAGCUAUUGAGCUCGUUCCGCGACAUCAUGCGACGUAACUACGAAACUCUAGACGUAGACAAGAUCCAAGAUAGAUGGUGCUGUGGCGACGAACCGUGGCUUUUCCGCGAGCGCUGGGAGAAGCUGUUUGAGGAUUUCUGUGACGUCGAGCAGAAGAAGUUCGACCCAUCGCGGGUAUCUGAGCUAUACGAUACUAUCAAGUAUUGCGCCCUACAUCAUCGACAAUUCCUGUUUGCCAUCUUCGACGAACAUGGUGGAAAGUCGAACGGCGGACCGUCGGGGCAGCCUCAAGAUAGACGCCUUCACGAGCUGUAUAGUCGUGCGAAGGCGCUGUUCGACUUGGUCGCGCCGCAGGAGUACGGCAUAGACCCGGAUGAGAAGGAGGAGAUCGGUGUGCUCACAUCGUUACCCCUACUCAAGAAGGUCGUCGAGGACCUCGAAAAUGCACGCAACAACUACGGAAGCUCGCUGCGUCUGUACUUCACCAAGGAGAGCCAUAUUCACACCCUCGUGAAUUUGGUACUCUUCUCGGGGUUGCCUAUCGCGAAUCGGAGGAUACCGGAGCUCGACUACGCUUCGCACAUCACGUUUGAGCUCUAUGAGAGGAACCACGGUCGCGGAAAGUCGGACAAGGAGUAUUCUAUCAAGAUCUCGCUAAGCGAGGGGGCACACUCGUCGAACGUGCUGGACUCGACCCUGGACGCGCGCCAUUCAUUGAAUGUCAUGCCCAAGAGGAAAUUGACGCAGCAUCUGCCAUACAGCCUGGUCAUCGAAAAGCUAUCGAAGCACUUCGACCGCCUGCCCGAGGAGGACGAAGUGCACCCGGAAAAGAUUCAGGCCAUCCCGGCUUUGCCCAGUGGCUCUAGUCCGGACGCCUGAUUCUAGACGUUGCAUUGGUCCAUCAUGUUUAGACUGCACUGCUAUCCCACCACGCACAUUCGUAGACACCUGACGGACGCUCAGCACUCGAAUAUCUGUACAUCUCGAUCUACUCUGUAUACCCCUCCAAGCUAUCGCUCUGUUUGUUACUGACUUGUAAUGCAUGCCGACCCUUGACUUCAUGUUAGGGUAUCUCAAUUGUAAAGCCCUGCGUAUCUCGGAUAGUACAACGACAGCAGCAAAAGAGCUUCUCUGGCUCUUCUUACAACGCCGCUAUUCAGCCAUUACAUUCC